AUGACAUCUAGCGUAACCGGACCCCCUUCUAGCUUUGCGGCAGCAGCGAAGGUCCUUUUUGACUCUGCGAAGAAGGUGGGGGCUGUGAAACCACUAGGUACGACAAGCAAGUUAUACGCUCAUCAACUGAAAAAAAUUCAAAGCCAAAGCCGAAAGAAGGGUGGUUCCCUGGGAAACGUGUCGUACAAUGUAGCUGAAUUUCUCGAAGCUCAUCGGGCAUCCCAAGUAAAAUCCUCUCAGGGUCCCAUUUUCCAUACCCGGUGUGUUCCCCUCAUAGAUAUUCCGCUGAAGAAAACGAAACAAACGGGAUCAGGCAUGCAGAAGACUUCGUCGAACGAGGCACCACUGUUGAACCUCCAUAAGAGGCAGCCCCACCUCGCGGCAACCCCUGAUAUGUCGAAGGAAGCGGUACCGGUUGGUGGAGUUGCAGGGGUCGGACCACAGGUACCGAAGUUGGCCCCUCCAAAAUUGGAUUCCGUUCUUCUGCCGAAGGAUGGGGAGGCAAAACGACAGCCGUGGGUACAUCAUACGGAUACACACGCAGCGGAUCGCACAUCGGCGACGGGAGGUGUGUUUUUAGCACCUGAGAGGAUUUUGCACGGUGUUGCUCCUAGGGCCACAGUUGUUGAAGAGAAACCACUGUUUGAGAGCCCGUGUGUCACGGAGGCGAAGCCUCUUUCGUUCUUGGACCUGAAGGCGCGGCAACCAAUGAAGGAAGUAGUGGAAGUAGUGGACAGACCCAUCAAACCAUCCGUAACAGUACCGAUAUCUUCCGGAGGCUCCUCUGCCGCCAGCACCCGGGGCGGGGAGAACGCCCGAACCGAGACUAUCUCUGUUGAUGUCUGGGAACUGCAACGCGAGCGAGAGCUAGAACAACUGCGGAAGGAUCAAGAGAAAGCGGAAAAGGAACGGUUGGAAGCACGACGAGAAGAAGAGCAUAAAACUUUGGGCGAUGAGUGGGUGCUGAGUAGAACCUUGGCUACUUCUCGACCGCUUUGCGUGGGUGCGGUGAAUGGUGCCCUAGAAAAGCUAUACUUUUCGAGCGAUUGGGAGACCUGCUUUCAGUUGUUCAAGGAACUGGUUUGUGCCCCAACGCCACCAGUUCCGUCAGUUUCUAAGCAAGCGGUUUGUUUGAUGGAAAGGCACCUUCGGCGCGUUCCAGGUGCGCGUAGGAACGAACUUAAAGUUGCACUCUCAAAGGAGUUGAAGGAGAGGAAACUUCUUGACGAAGCAACUAGGUUUGAUUUGAAACACACGUAUUCUGAGGCUUUUCUCCAGGUUUAUCGCUCUGCGUCAAGCAGCGUAAAGGAUUCAUUAGACCUUUGCACUACGGCGAAGGCGAUAUCGACACUUGUCAGGUCAGGAUCUUGGUUGGAGGCCGUCGAAGUGUUUCACAGAUCACAGCAACGUUUCUCCGACAAGGGUGGACGACUUGGUUUAGGGUUACUGGCGGAGUCUCGCUCACUGGACGGUGAAGCGAGGACUGCACUUUCAGAGUAUACAUCAAAAACUCUAACCGCACAGGGGCGUUUUGGGAAGUUACAUAGCAUUGAGCUUGUAAAGUUGAGUAAGGGCGGUCAGAAGCGACAUUUACUGUCACAGCUUAUUGAAUCUGGCCACGUGGACGAAGUUAUUUAUGCCGAGCUUCUGCGUACAACGAAGGAAAAUGUAGAGGAUGUUCUUGAGGAGAUCGGCAAAAGGGGACUAAAUGUUGAAGAUCCAGCUAUUCUAGCGGCUUUAUGCUGGAGGUCAUUUGAUGUUGAAAGCCCCCAAGUCCUGUUCCGCGAGAUUGAACGGCAAGAGGCAAAAAUAGGAAUCCGACCGGCACACGUGCUGGCGGCUGUUGCAAUGGCUAGGGCUUCGAAAUCGGAACACACCCUCCGUUCUACGAUUCAGAUACUGAAGAAGAAGCCCAACUUUAGGUGUAAGUUCGUACUAAGAAAGUUGUUGCCUCUGUUAUACGAAAGGCGGAUGAACAGCGAAAUCGUGGAGCUUGCAGAAAUUUACGCUAGUAACCUACCCAUAGCAGUGGCACUGCCCCAGGCUGUUGGAUUCAUCAAUAGCGCCUUAAUCGCGCAAGGGAAGAAUCCGUUGUCAACCCACCUAGCUAGUGAUUUAAACCUUUCUGGCAAAGCAGUGGUGGGAGACACGGGUGAUGCGACACAGCUAACAAUCCCAAGGGCGCCGGAAUCUGUUGCCUCCACAGAGGCAAUGUUUCAAUGCGUGAAGGAAAGGGAUUGGCUGAGGGCAUUGGAGCUACUAGGUGCAUUCUCAUUGCAUAGUGCGGGAGACCCUGACGUUGGAAUGCGCUCUGUUAUGUACAAUUGCGCACUCAACGCAUCUAUGGAGAAACGCGAAAUUGUGAUGGCGCUUUAUAAACAAAUGAUAGAGAGGGGCGUACAGGUUAAUGCGACCACGAGCAACGCACUUCUUAGCUGCUUCAUAGGAUCUUCUGAAUGGGAGGAAAGCAUUGAAUUCUACAAAAGGACAGACUCGUCGCUGCGUGACGGCGGCACGUAUUCUAUAAUGCUUUCCCUUUUCGGUAAAAAUGGAAUGUGGAGAGAAGCAUGCGAAGUUUUCCAGGACGCACGGGUAGGAUUGGCUAAGGCACCUCCGGCAAUCUUUAGGCUUGGUAUCAACGCUGCGCAUAGUCACAAUUGGGAAGCCACUUUGAGUAUUUUUGGAAACUUCUUGAAGGCGCAUGGCAUUCAAAACAUUAGUGACUCUGUUGUCGAUAAGGUAGUCCGAUGUCUCUCACAAAACAACAGGACGACUGAGUUAAAAAAAGUGGAGAUGGAAGUAUCGAAAAUGAAAGGAAAGAACAAGGGGAAGAAAAAAUAG